AUGUCUGACAACUCAAAGUUCUCUUCGUUCGACAACAUCUGCGCUCACCAAGAUGCUCAAACGCCCACACCAUCCCACCCUCCACUCAGAGCCCCCAUCAUCAUCUUUACCUCUCAGGGCGCCGACUUCAUCUGGGCCUUCGAACCCAUUCUGCACCUUGCCGCCCACCAACCCGAACUCGCAUCAUUCCUCUCGUUGGCCCUUCACGCUGUCCGUGUCGAGCUUCAGAGCGUCGCCAAUCGUCGAAGCGGCGCAUCUUCUACGACAGAAGCACAAAGCUCAGCCGAGGUCGAGCUGCUUGCCAUCCUCCCGCCGUUUGAGCCCUUCUCUGACCUGGAGACCCUGGUCAAUUUUCAUCGCCGAACAGGUCUCAAGGAUUCGGUGAUCAACGGAGUGCUUCUCUGCGUCCUGCAAACAGCGUGCGUAGUAGCGCUCUAUUGUGCAGCACAAAGGGGCGACGUCGACAAUGAGGAUGCCCAGGCUGUCCUGUCCGAUCUCCGAAAAGCUUGGAAGGCCGUUGCACAACUGUGCUCCCAACUACUAGGCUUCUGCACCGGUGCGCUCUCGGCUUUUUCGCUUCGUAAUGUAGUCGAAGAGGACGCGACGGCAUCAUCUUUCAACAUUUGGACCUAUGCUCAGGAGGCCAUCAAGACGACCCGCGUCUGUUUUUGGAUCAGUUUGCGCUCUGCGCAAGCUCGUGAUCGGCUCAUCAAGGCCAACGCCCCACCCACACCCUUUGAUCACUGGAGCAUUGUCGUGUCAUUCAAGGCACCAGACAGCGCCGAGCGUGUCUACCAAUGUCUUGCACAAUUCAACAUGCUCGAGCAGGAGCGGCCGCUCCACGAGCCUGUAUCUCUCACUAUCACGGCCAGAGCAGUCAACCAGGUCUCGAUCGGAGGACCGCCACACUCUCUAGAACGCUUCAUGGCAUACCUGUCCGAGCACAUGAGAGCCGACGCUAGAGCUUUCCCGCUCGAGAUAUUUUCACCCUAUCAUACUCCAGAUCUCAAAGUUGAGGCCAACCUGGUGAUGCUCGACCUGGAACGUCGAGGUCUCGUCGAUGAUACUCUUCUGCCACCCAGCCAGAAGAUCUUGUGGGAAACGGCAUCCGCUGAAAUCCUCUCCAAACCCAGUCUGCGCGGCGCUUUGCAUGCCCUGAUCGAUAGCAACCUGUGCUCGACAGCGGACUGGGACACGAUGGUCGAUCGCCUGCUCCUGCUCGAAGGAGAGCUCCCAGCUCCGACACCGACCGAUCAUGAAGUCGUUGUCUCAAUCGGUCCAGGCGUCAACCUCGCAGCAGACCUCAAGAAGCGUUUCUCAUCACAGUGCGAGUCUUCCCCUGCCACAGAUACCAUCACAAUCCUGGACGUGCCCGUACUGCUUCGCGAGAUGAUGCGCCAUGACGCGGAGAUGCUCGGACCUGAGCGAUGCACCUUGCAGCCGGACGUCUCAGGCGACGACGUGGUGAUCGUUUCAAUGGCCUGUCGAUUCCCUGGCGACGUUUGCACUCCCGAGCAACUCUGGACGUGCCUCGAGACCGGGAGAUCCACCGUGUCAGAGAUCCCGAAGCACCUCUUUGACAUUGAUGCGUACUACGGCGACGGCCUCAAUCAGACUCUUGCCAGGCACAUGCAUGCUCUCUCGGAGAACGUGGUCAAGUCGAUGGAUGCCCGACUCUUCAGCAUGUCGCCGAAGGAGAUCGAGCAGCUCGACCCACAGCAUCGACUCGUCAUGUUGUGCUCCUACGAGGCGUUGGAGCGUGCUGGAUACUCUGCUGAGGCUAAGUCACCCUCUUGCUUUGACGGUAAGCGCAUUGCUGUAUGCAUGGGAGCCAGUUGGGACGACUAUCGAGAGAAUGCUAGCUGGAACAUUGGGAGCUACUUUAUCACAGGCAAUAUUCGUGCCUUCAUCCCCGGCCACGUAUCGUUCUCCCUGAAGUGGGAGGGCCCCAGUGUCUCGGUGGACUCUCUCGAAUGCUCUGCAGUCUCGGCAAUUCAAUGGUCCAGAAGAGCGCUCCUCAGUGGACAGUGCGAUGCGGCACUUGCUGGAGCCGUCAAUGUCUUGACGCAGCCACAGAUGUUCAUCGCCAUGGACAAGCAGGGUAUCCUCUCCCACAGUGGUACCAACAUGACAUUCUCUUCGAAACUAGAUGGCAAGACGCGAGGCGACGGAUGUGGCGUUUUGCUCCUCAAGCGACGCUCGACCGCGAUCCGCGACGGCGACAAAAUCCUUGCAACGCUUCCAGCAGCAAAAAUCACCUAUCAUGGACAGUCAUUCGAUGGCGAAGCAGCGAGUACUCAGCAGUCUGACUUCUUGGCUCGAGUCUUUUCCGAGGCUGGUCUGCAGCCCUCAGACCUUGUCCACAUCGAAGCAAGUGGCUUUCACAGUAAGGAAGGCGAAGCAGCAGAAUUUCAAUCCUUUGCUCGCUUGCUUGACCACGCCACCGAUCGCUCGGCUCGUCAGUCUGCUCAAAAAGAACAUGACGUCUCUGUGGCCAGUUUGAGACCCAACAUAGGCGCAGGAGAAGCAGUAUCGGCUAUGACCUCAGUGAUAAAGGCGGUCUUGAUCCUGAACAAAGGCAUUAUUCCUAGACAGGUGUCGAUCUCUCACUCAUCCGAGCUGCAACCUGCCAUUGCUGCGACGUGUUGCGCGUCCAAGCUGUUUGUUCCCACAGAGGCGAAACUGCUACCAGCUCCGAGAGGCAGACACGAUCGUCGCCAUAUCCUGGUCAACAGCCUUGCCAGUACCGGCUGUCAUGGAGUCAUGCUGGUUGGCUCACCCAUGGACGACGGACAGGAUCAAAUCCAAAAACGUCAAAAAAUGUUGCGCCAAAAUCAACCAAAACAGGCAAGAGAACAGAACCAACAGAACAAAUCCCAAAAUACCUCGCAGGUCCAAAACAGCAGCCCCAAGGCGCAAAAAGCAUGUGAUGUUUCUCCUAUGGGCACCGGCAUCUCUGACGAUGAAUGUGCAUGGGUGUUCGUGUUGUCGGCCAAGACCAAAGAGUCGGGAGAGAUGCUAAAGAAAUCUCUGAUCGACUAUCUCCAACGUGACGCUUGUCUAGCUGACCUCAGCUACACACUUGCUUGUCGCAGAACACACUAUCCCUUCCGACUGAGUGUCAUUGCCGCCGAACAGGAUGAACUCAUCCGACGCCUGCGAGGCGCCGAAUUCAUCGAGGCUAGACCUUCCGGCGACUUGCCGGCUUUCCACUUCGAGUUCAGAUCGCCUUCUGAAGGGUCGCUCCCAUUAAUGAAGCCCUUCAUCCGCUUGACCUGGGCCUUGCGCGACAGGUCCGAGGAGUUUGUCGCAUUCCUGUCGUCGCUCGGCGCCACCGAGGAAGAGAAGAAUUCGCCCAAACUCGUGCAGAUAUGCUUGGCCACGGUCCUGCAAAAUUGUGGCAUCAGCCCAGCCCUCGUCACUGGCGACAACGAGAUUGGUACGCUAUUCUUCCAGGGCUUGAUCGACAACGAGAGCAUGCUGGGAGCAGCUUACGAUGACGGCGAAAGAACGCUUCACCAUGCCAUCAAGCAUACCUGCGAUGAUAAUCCAGUUCUAGACGAGAAGCUGCUGAAGACAGGAUUCUCUCUUUCGCGAGGUGCAGGUAGACAAACCGUUCUUGAUGAAGCCAAGGAGCCGACACGCGACCUCACAGGCACACUCUCCGUUGUGGUCAAAGCCGGAGAGCAGGCUGAUCCAGGCAGAAAUUACUGCUCAAUCGUCAUUACCGACACAGUGGCGCUGUCUGAUGAUCAGCUACACGAUCAUGACAAAAAGCAAGACCACGUUGCAGAUCCCCAAGCGCUGCAGAGGUCGCUCCUCUUCGCGCUUGGAAGAUUGUAUCAACAGGGAUACAAUGUCAGCUGGAUUGAGUAUUUCCGACCGUACUUGCCGUGCCUCAAACAUGUCGACACGUUGCCGACCUAUCCAUUCCACCUUCAGCAAUUCUGGUUGGAGUACCAUGAUCGUAAUCUCAUCCAGCACAGCGGCGGCGAGGAAGAUGACUCCUCGGCUGCCCAGGACGGCGAGCUAGAUGGCGUCGAGGGCAGCAAUGGCGGCGCGGCAGACUUGGUGCCCGAUGAGCCACUCACGCAGCCACUCUUGAGCACUCAGACGAGAGCGGACAGCGGAUUGCGAAUCUACAUAUCUGACCUGAAGGACGAAAUUCAGGCGGCACUUCUCCAAGUCGCAUCGUCAUCCGCGAUGUCGAUCGAACUCAUGACGGAGGCGGCCAUAGAGUCAAGCGCCUCUUCAAACGUGCCCGUUGAUGGGGUCGGCGGGCGCACUCUGAUCCUGUCCCACGUGCUAUUAUAUGGUGAAUUGAGAAAUCUGCUCACUGCUCAGGAAGCCAGACUCGCAGUCGCGUUCCGAGGUCAGCGUCAGGAUUGUCAUGGCGAUGGUAUUCAGCUACGCUUUGAUUCCAAGCCAGAUGCCUUCGGCGAGUGCGAAUAUCAGUGGCUCGACAGCAGAGACGUGGAACGUCAAUGGGCAAGACUGCAGAGUCUGCUACGCGAGAAAAUCGACAGCAUCAAAAACAGCGGCGAGAUGUUGGGCUCGAGACUAAUCUACAAGAGUAUCGGUGGCGAUUUUGCAAAGAGCUCAAGGUCGAUUCGCAGUGUGCAUUUCGAGACACGAUCGAAGGAAGCGGUGUUCUGCAUCGAUGGUCCAACUCCCGAUUCAUCGAUGCUUGCUGCAGGACAGUGUGUCCUUGCUCUCGUUGUGUCUACGCUCGAGGAGUGCGCACGCUGGCAUCACACGAAUUUCAACGCGAAUGCAGAUGGACAAUAUGGUGUUACGGCCAUCGGUGAGCUCGUGAUUCAGCAUGAAUGGCUGGAGUGUCUCAAGCAGGCACGAAAGUCAACAAGCAGCUUCACGGCUUUCGUCUCACCUGCUCAGGCAGCUGGCCUUGUUCUCGGACCUGACGAUGCGCUGGUCAUCGACAUGGUGCUUUUUGACGACAAAUCGCACAUCGUCGGAGAGCUUACCUCGGUUCGCCUCGCUCGAGUCGAGUCCACCUCGAACAUGUCGACUUCCAAAUCUACCACUCAUUUGGCUCCAGUCGUCGCCAACGAAACACAGCCUGCAGCACCCGCCGCUCCCGUCCCGAAGACCAACGAGCCAAAAGCCCAGCCUGCUGCUAAGAAGGCCUCGACAAUGAAGCGAUCGAGCGCUGCUGAAGAUGUGCAUGCCAAGAUCACGGCCGUGUUGGCUUCCGAACUCGGUAUCGCUGUUGAGGAGUUGAAGCCGAGCGUCAAAUUCGCCGACCUCGGACUCGAUAGUCUUAUGUCUUUGGUCUGCAUUUCAACCUUGGAGGCUCUCAACCUCGGGUUCGACAUUCCGCAAUCACUGUUCUUGGAGUGUGAUAGUCCGGAGGAGCUGCUCGCUUGGAUCCGAGAGCAGGUUGGUGAUGCCGAUGGCGACAACACCGGAGAUUUGGGUCCCGAUGAUGACUCUGUCCCCGACAUCACCGAGACUGCAGCUGAUCCUGCGGCUUCUUCCCCUGGAUCGACGCAGGCCCCCGCCGUAAAACAGGCUAGUAACGUGGCAUCGCCAGCCCAGGGCAACUCAGCAGUGGAGGAAGCGAUGAAGACGAUCAUCACGACCAUCGAGACCGAAUUGGGCGUAGCAGGGGGUAGCAUCGACCAAGACGCCAACUUAGCUGAUCUGGGCAUGGACUCGCUCAUGUCUCUGCUCGUAUUGGGUAAUCUUUCGGGCAUGCUUCCGUUCGAGCUUCCUUCUUCGCUGUUCAUGGAUUGCACUUCUCUCGGCGAGAUUUGCGCAUUUCUUGUUGUCGAGCUCGGCGGUGGCAACUCCAUCGACACCACCGCUGCCCCACCCCAAGCAAGUGUGCCCGCCCAAAUUUCGCCGCCAACCUUCGCCAUCCCCUCCGCCAAACCCCCCGUCCUCCUCCGCAAGCCCACGACCCCAACCAACCCCAACUCCACCCCCCUCUUCCUCCUCCCCGACGGCUCCGGCAUGUCCACUGUCUACCAAUUCCUCCAUCCUAUCGAUCGCGCCGUGUACUCUAUAAACUCUCCCUUCCUCUCCAACGCAUCCGCUUGGAACGGAGGCAUAACUCAAAUCGCCCACUACUAUCUCUCCUGCAUUCGACUCGUCCAGCCUUCCGGACCGUGGUUGGUGGGAGGAUGGAGCUUUGGCGGGAUGGUUGCGUUCGAAAUCUCCCGCAUCCUCGCUACUACGCCUGGUGGCAAGGAUGAUUGGGUAGCGGGGCUGUUCCUCCUCGAUACGCCAAGUCCAGUGUACCCUCCGCUACCGUUGACGAUUGUGGAUUGGAUCAAUAGCGCAGAGGAGGUGAAAGAUAUUGCUCCAUCUUCGUUGCCGGAGAAGUUGGUUGCGCAUUUCAGUGCUACGUUGGGGAGUCUUGUCGGGUGGAAUCCCACUUCGCUCAGCGAGGUGCGAGAGGAGGGUAAGGUUCCGAAAACAUGGUUUGUCGUGGCAGACAACCAGCUGCCAGGUAAAAUCGAAGAUAUAAGGGAGAUAAAUGAAACUGUGCGAUGGCUGUUUGUUCCCAACCGCGCAACGCAAAAUGGUUCUGAUGGUUGGGAACGAUUCAUCCCACCUCACAAGAUCACCGUGGAACCGGUAUCGGGAGCGAACCAUUUCACAAUGGUUAGAGAACCAGCUGUGGAGGCGGUGGCAAGGGUUUUACAAGAGGCCUGUGGGCAGGCGUUGCAGGCUUGA